AUGAGGAUCGAAACGUGCCACCUGUGCUCCCGCCCCGUCUACCCGUCCAAGGGGAUCACGUUCGUGCGCAACGACGCCAAAGUGUUCCGGUUCUGCCGCUCGAAAUGCCACAAGAACUUCAAGAUGAAGCGGCAACCACGCAAACUCAAGUGGACCAAGACACACCGCGCCCUCCGGGGCAAAGAGAUGAUCGUCGACCAGAACCUGCUGCUCUCGCAGUUCGCGAAGCGCCGCAACGCCCCCGUCAAAUAUGACCGUCACCUCGUCCAGGCGACCAUCAAGGCCAUGGAGCGUAUCGAGGAGAUCCGCGCUCGGCGGGAGCGCGUGUACACCCGGCGGAGACUGAGCGGCAAGGCACAGCGGGAUGCCCGGCGCAGGCAGGAUCUCAAGGUCGUGGCCCAGGGAGAGCAUCUCAUCAAGAAGGAGUUGGCCGAUCUGGAGGCCGCGAGGGCCGAGAUGGAGCCUAUGCUCGACCAGGUUAAGAGAGACAUCGAGGCUAGUAGGGUGGUCGGGGAGGAGAGACUGCGGCAGAAGAGGAAGAGGAAGAUGUUGGUGGGUGGAGGAACGGAAGAAGACAUGGAUUUGGACUGA